AUGGUUAUCGUUAAUCAAACGCUCAGUGUUAAUAUCAACGGUAAAGAAAGCUUGAGCCCGUUAGGAGCUAGUAGCCCAACUAUAGCUUCAUUGAAUUCAAGCGGCAAUCAACAGCCGCAAAGUUGGGUAAAGCAUCAUCGUCACUCGUCAUCAAAGUGGUUGCUAAGAGAUUGCAGCCAAGAAGAAGAAAGGAGUAUCACAGGUGCAGUGGCAGCAACAGCACCGGCAUUGUUAUCAACAUCGUUGUUGUUGGUUAAGAGCGACAACAGUAGCAGGAACUUGAGCUUCAGUAGCAGUAGUGUGAUUAGCACAAACAACAGUAGAAGUAGUAGUGAAACCGAGAAUAAGGACGGUAGUAACUGCAAUAGUGGCAGUGUUAACUGCGGUAGCGGUGAUUCUGUGAAUAGCGACGAUAUGAACCGUGAAAGUCGCCAUGUUCAUAACGCAGCGACUGAGAUUCUGCUAUUUUCGAUGAAGGAAGUCAAGAACUUUUGGCUGGGUCAGUUUUCAAGACGAAGAGGAGGGGAAGCUAUACGCUUUAGUUGGAGGUUUGGAAGUAUUGGUCCAGUGCAAAAAGCCGAAAGAUUAGGGAAUGGCGAAUUAAUUGUGAGUUUCAUGGACGUUCGAUCGGCACAGAAGGCUAAUUUGGCUGGACUGAAGUUCGAUGGGCGCCCGUUACGAGUGGUUUUCCAUGAGCCGAGCAAGAAGUUAGCUUCUUAUAAUAGCAAAAAAACUUAUUCUUGGUAUUAUAAUAAUCGUCAGGCACAUUGGCUUCAUCUUAUUUGCACUAGUUCUUAUUCUUAUGUUUAUUCACUGCCAUUAUUAUUAUUAUUAUUAUUAUUAUUAUUAUUAUUAUUGUUAUUAUUAUUAUUAUUAAUGUUAUUACUAUUACUAUUACUAUUACUAUUAUUAUUAUCAUCGCUUAGCAUGCUUAAUAUCAUUAUUAUUAAUAUUAUUAACUUUCUAAUUUGUUAUUAUUCUUAUUUUUAUUUCUCUUGUUAUUAUUCAGUUUAUUUUGGAAAGGAGAUUUUCUUUUCCACCUGUAAGAAAUCUGCGUUUUUUGCUAUUUGCAACGUUAAUUUUAUAACGGAUUUUAAUUCGUUUUCUUUGAUGUCUUCAGUUCUGCCAUUUGAAAUGAGAAGAAAAGAAUCAUCCAUAUUUAGCUGA